UAAGGUUUGGUUCACCAUAUUGGAUAAAAUGUUCAUCAUUACGUUGCUCUGUGUUUAACAGCCUGUCAUGCCGGUGACAAGUAAUCGCCUCUGUCGCGGUGCCUUCCUGCUCCAUCGAUGACAACAGGACUCCGCGACACGUUCUGGACGGAAAGGAGGGAUUACUGUUUUGGUUUGGAAACACUGAGACCCAGGAGCUAGCACUGAGCUGUCACAUUCACUACCGCGGUGGUCUUUUCCACUUAUAAGACUCUCCAUGCAAGCGUUUUGAAGGAUUGAACUUUUUCUUCACACCACUCAGUGACUCUGGGUGAACUUUGAGGACAGCUUGUGUGUUACAACAGGCAAAGACUGUCGAUGGGGGAAGAAAAUUGUCUCCUGCUAUUUUGAGGCAUGCUCGAUGCUCGUUCGCUGUCAAAAUGAAGAGGAUUUCUGAGAAGGCGGCCACCUCUGUAGUUGAGUGUAAUAUGUGAGUGAGGUGGGUCACCAAGGCCUGGGCCUGCCUGCUCUAGUGGGCCCUGGGUGAGGAUACAUCUCCUCUGUACCGGAUCAACAGCCGAUAAUUAGGGCUCGGAGAUUACCACUGUUUACAGAGGACCUAUUUGGCCUGCACGCUUCCGAGGAAAGGGAGGCUUUCGAUUGGAAUAAUUGAUGCAAUUUCCAAGCAGCCUGGAGCCCAGGUGGCGAGAACGGCAACACUGCUGGACCAGAGCGUCUGGCAAACUUGGACACUUCGAAAAAGAUGAGAGCUCAGUUUCCAAUGUGACAAGCGUAAAACUGGACUAUAAGGAAGAAGCAGACUUUCAGCAGAAGGGAGGGGGUUCCAGCACCAUCAUGAGGGACAUUUAGGGCCUCCGUUUUUAUUUAUUGAGGGGUGGGCGGGUUGUUUUCAUUUCAUUUCUUUAGGUUUUUCAUUGUUGGUCGUAGGUAUUGGUGCUUAGAAGACUUGGGUAGUCAUUUUCACAUGCCUGUUAUUCCCUCCCUGCUAUCCAAGUGGUGUGGAUUUGGAUUAGCUCCUUGUUGAACCAGAAUGGAAGGAUUCCCUGUAGUAAAAGGCAACCGAUGAAUCUAAACCCCUAGUACUGCUAUGUUUAUGUUCCCUAGAAGUUUCAUUGAUUGUAAUAUAGGAGCCUGGUAGCCACUAUCAUCAUUUCGACUUAGCAGUGUCUCUAUUAGUGAAUGACUCUUCUUGGCACAACAGCUUCAAAUGUUACAAAAAUGAUGGCUGCAUACAAUGGUGGCUCCUCAGCUGUGGCUGCCCAUCACCCUCAUCACCACCAUCAGCUGCAGCAUCUCCCGCCUCCACACAUGCAUCACCACCACCACAUGGGCCAGCAUCACUUACAGCACCCGGGCUCGGCCGCUGCCGUUCACACCAUCCAGCAGCACACCUCCACUGCCACCGCCGCCGCUGUGAUGCUACACCCUGGUCAGCAGCAACCUUACUUCCCAUCUCCGGCUCCCGGACAGGCCCCCGGGCCUGCGGCAGCCGUUGCUCCUGCCCAAGUUCAAGCUGCCGCUGUCAAAGCUCACCAUCACCACCAUCAUCAUCAGCAGCACACACACCACCUACAACAGCAGCUUGAUAUAGAGCCUGACAGGCCUAUCGGCUAUGGUGCGUUUGGGGUUGUCUGGUCAGUCACAGAUCCCAGAGAUGGAAAGCGAGUUGCUCUCAAAAAGAUGCCCAAUGUCUUCCAAAACCUUGUUUCUUGCAAGAGGGUAUUUCGGGAACUGAAGAUGCUAUGUUUCUUUAAACAUGAAAAUGUGCUCUCUGCUCUUGACAUCCUGCAACCUCCACACAUUGACUACUUUGAAGAAAUAUAUGUAGUGACAGAACUGAUGCAAAGUGACCUCCAUAAGAUCAUCGUGUCCCCGCAGCCUCUGAGCUCAGACCACGCCAAAGUUUUUCUCUAUCAGAUUCUUCGAGGAUUAAAGUACCUUCAUUCUGCUGGCAUUCUUCACCGAGACAUUAAACCUGGCAACCUGUUGGUCAACAGCAACUGUGUACUGAAGAUCUGUGAUUUUGGUCUGGCACGAGUGGAGGAGACAGAUGAGUCGCGGCACAUGACUCAGGAAGUGGUGACACAAUACUACCGGGCCCCAGAGAUCUUGAUGGGGAGCCGUCACUACUCCAACUCCAUCGACAUUUGGUCUGUAGGCUGUAUCUUUGCUGAGCUGCUGGGGCGAAGAAUUCUCUUCCAAGCCCAAAGUCCCAUCCAGCAGCUGGAUUUGAUCACUGACUUGUUGGGGACUCCUUCUAUGGAGGCGAUGAGGACAGCAUGUGAAGGAGCUCGUGCACACAUUCUCAGAGGACCUAACAAACAGCCAUCCCUUCCUGUUCUUUACACACUGUCCAGUCAAGCGACUCAUGAAGCUGUCCACCUCCUCUGCAGGAUGCUGGUAUUCGAUCCGUCGAAGCGGAUUUCAGCAAAGGAUGCCCUGGCGCACCCUUACCUGGAUGAGGGCAGACUGCGCUACCACACAUGCAUGUGCAAAUGCUGCUACACAACAUCCUCUGGCCGCGUCUACACAAGUGACUUUGAGCCUGUCACCAACCCCAAGUUUGAUGAUGGCUUUGAGAAGAAUCUAAGCUCUGUGAGACAAGUCAAAGAGAUCAUCCAUCAGUUCAUUUUGGAACAGCAAAAGGGGAGUCGGGUACCACUCUGCAUCAACCCACAGUCGGCUGCUUUCAAGAGCUUUAUCAGUUCCACAGUGGCUCAGCCCUCUGAAAUGCCUCCUUCUCCACUGGUGUGGGAAUAGUUGCUGUAGUGAGUGUGGUCAUCUUUUCCAACUGUGAAGAUGCUAAAAUGGAAUCAUGAAAGCAUCUCAAUGUCUUCUGUCAUCUGGGGUAGCAUUUCACUGGAUAGCAGGGCUCCACGUUCUGCUGGUCAUAUGUAUCCACUAAUUACCGCUAUAUGCGGGUGUAUUAGAAGGUUGCAAAUUUAUGAAAAAUGCUCUGUAGACCAAAUCAGAAUGUGGUAUAUAUGUCAUGUACAAUAUCAUCGACUAAGAUAACAUUUUGCAUCAUACUGCUACAUAAUGAAGUACAUUUGUUUUUAUGUAUAUAUUUAAAAACUGAUUUGUAUUUUAAAAAUGUGCUUUUCAUAAGCUGUGAUUGUGAGUUUCCCCCCUGUGACAAGGUUUAUAGUACUACAGCUGUCUUUUCGUCUGCACUGUUAAGUUACCAAAUUGGCAUGAAAACCAACUCAACCUAAUAUUCAGACAAUCAAUUGUAGCUGCAUCAUCAGAUUUUAGGAACUUUUAAGUUCCCGUUUUUAUGGAACAAUGUUCCUGGGCCCAUUGAUACAUUAACUGAUACUUGUAAUAGGAGUUUCUUACAUCCUGUACUCCAGAAUUUUUUAACUUCUAGUAACUAUUAAUUACCAAAGAUGAGGAGACACACACACAAGCAAAAACAUUGAUUGUGUGCAAAAUGGUUGUUGUUGGAUAUCAGGCCAAUUUUAAAGGAAGUAAAGUAUUUUUGAAAUGAACAUUUUUGACAAAGAAACAUAUUUUAGGGGUACAUCCUUCCACUGUCUACCCAUGAAUCACACUUUGUAUCUGUUUUAAGAGCAAAUUUUAAUGAAGGAAAUAUCAAUUUAGCUAUUUCAAAAGUGUUCUAGCAUACAGGAAAGUAAUUGAUUUAAAAUGUAUGAAGUUUUACACUUAAAAUGUAUGCAUUUUGUUAUGCCUGCAUUUUAAGAGGCGAUAUACAGUGGAAAAUAUAAAAAAAUAUUCAGAUCCACUUAAAAUUUUCACUCGUUAUUGCAGCCAUUUGUUAAAAUCAUUUAAUUUUCUCCCUCAUUAAUGUACACACAGCACCCCAUAUUGACACAAAAAAACAGAAUUGUUGAUUUUUUUUUUUUUUUUCAGAUUUAUUAAAAAAGAAACAUUUUAAUAUCACACAGACGUAAGUAUUCAUUCUUUACUGUGACACUCAUAUUUAACUCUGGUGUUGUCCGUUUCUUCUGAUCAUCCUUGAGAUGGUUCUACACCUUCAUUUGAUUAUACUGACUGGAGUUGAUUAGGAAAGCCACACACCUGUAUAUAUAAGACCAUACAGCUCACAGUGCAUGUCAGAGCAAAUGAAAAUCAUGAGGUCAAAGGAACUGCCUGAAGAGCUCAGAGACAGAAUUGUGGCAAGGCACAGAUCUGGCCAAGGUUACAAAAAAAAUUCUGCUCCAUUUAAGGUUCCUAAGAGCACAGUGGCCUCAUAAUCCUUAAAUGGAAGACGUUUGCGAUGACCAGAACCCUUCCUAGAGCUGGCCGUCCGGCCAAACUGAGCAAUCGGGGGAGAAGAGCCUUGGUGAGAUGGGUAAAGAAGGACCCAUACAUCACUGGCGGAGCUCCAGAGAUGCAGUCAGGAGAUGGGAGACAUUUCUAGAAAGUCAACCAUAACUGCAGCCCUCCACCAGUCGGGGCUUUAUGGCAGAGUGGCCUGACGGAAGCCUCUCAGUGCAAGACACAUGAAAGCCCGCGUGGAGUUUGCUAAAAACACCUGAAGAACUUCCAAGAUUGUGAGAAAUAAGAUUCUCUGGUCCGAUGAGAGCAAGAUGGAACUUCCAUCCAUUUUCUGAGCCGCUUCUCCUCACUAGGGUCGCGGGCGUGCUGGAGCCUAUCCCAGCUAUCAUUGGACAGGAGCGGGGUACACCCUGAACUGGUUUCCAGCCUAUCGUAGCAAGAUAGAACUUUUUGGCCUUAAUUCAAGUGCUAUGUGUAGAGAAAACCUGGCACUGCUCAUCACAUUUCCAAUACAGUCCCAACAGUGAAGCAUGGUGUCGGCAGCAUCAUGCUGUGGGGGUGUUUUUCAGCUGCAGGGACAGGACGAUUGGUUGGAAUCGAAGGAAAGAUGAAUGCGGCCAAUUCCAGGGAUAUCUUGGACGCAAACCUUUUCCACAGCGCUCAGGACCUCAGACUGGGCCGAAGGUUCACCUUCCAACAAGACAUUGACCCUAAGCAUACAGCUAAAAUAACGAAGGAGUGGCUUCAGAACAACUCCCUGACUGUUCUUAAAUGGCUCAGCCAGCGCCCUGACUUAAACCCAAUUGAACAUCUCUGGAGAGACCUGAAAAUGGCUGUCCACCAACCUUCUGCAUCCAACCUGGCAGAACUGGAAAGGAUCUGCAAGGAGGAAUGGCAGAGGAUCCCCAAAUCCAGGUGUGAAAAACUUGUUGCAUCAUUCCAAGAAAGACUCAUGGCUGUAUUAGCACAAAAGGGUGCUUCGACUAAAUACUGAGCAAAGGGUCGGAAUACUUAUGGCUGUUUUGUCAAUAUGGGGUGCUGUGUGUACAUUGAGGGGAAAAAUUAACUUAAAUGAGUUUAGCAAAUGGCUGCAAUAUAACAAAGAGUGAAUUUAAGGGGGUCUGAAUACUUUCCGUACCCACUGUAUUCAGACAGAUUUUAUGUGAGCAGCACCUGCCAUUUUUUUAAUUGGGUUAAUUCGCGUUUACAGUAGUCGAGUAGCACCUGAAAUUAAGGUUAAGUUCUUCAAUGGGCAAAAAGCUGGAUGCAGGCCUUAGCUUCUUUGUUAGGCGCUCGUGAGUUUAGCAUGCUAGUAUGGUAAACAAACAUGCUUUGUGGAUUUAAAUUAAUGACUUGUUCAGUUAAGGCCACAUUUGAUUGCACCCACACAUGCCACGUGAAGAACAUAACGAGGCAAUGUGUCGCAAAUACAGCAGCUGAAACAAGUAUUUAACACGUCACCAUUUUUCUCUUUAAAUAUAUUUCCCAAGGUGCUAUUGACAUGAACAUUUCACCAGAUGUUGGGAACAACCCAAGUAAUCCAUACAUACAAAAAUGUAGAACAAAUAAACUCAGAAAUUAAGUUGUGUGUAAUAAUGGGAAAUUACACUUGGAAAAAGUAUCGAACACCCCAACUGAUAUUUAUUUAAUACUUUGCAUAACAGCCUUUGUUUGCAAUGACAGCUUCAAGACGCCUCCUUUAUGGAGAAACUAGUCGCAUGCAUUGCUCUGGUGUGAUUUUGGCCCAUUCCUCCACACAAGCAGUCUUCAAAUCUAGAAGGUUCCUUGGGCUUCUUUUAUGGACCUUGAGUUUCAGUUCUUUCCAUAGAUUUUCAGUGGGAUUCAACUCAGGUGAUUGGCUGGGCCAUUCUAGCAGCUUUAUUUUUUUGUUGUCUUUGAAACCAAUUGAGAGUUUCCUUGGCAGUAUGUUUUGGACCAUUAUCCUGCUGAAAUGUCCACCCUCGUUUCAUUUUCAUCAUGCUCAUAAAUGGCAGCAGAUUUUUGUCACUAACGUCUCUGUACAUUUGCCCAUUGUUCCUUCCUUCAAUAAUGUGAAGUUUACCAGUACCAUUUGCUGAAAAUCAACCCCACACCAUCAUAUUCCCACUUCUGAACUUCCCUGUUGGUAUGGUGUUUUUAGGGUGAUGCGCAGUGCCAUUUCUUUUCCAAAUGUGGUGUGCAUUAUGGCAUCCAAACAGUUAAAUUUUGCUCUCAUCAGACCCGACUAUAUUCUCCCAGUAUUUAACUGGCUUGUCCAAAUGUCGUUCAGCAAACUUUAAACGAGCUUUGACAUACUUUUCUUUUAAGCAAUGUGGUGAGCGUACAUACAGGCUAUGGCGGCGGAGUGGAUUACUCACUGUUAUGACAACAGUACCUGCUAAUUCCCGUUUUUUUUAAGCUCUCCACAGGUGGGCAUUGGCACUUGGACAACUCUUCUGAUUAUUCUUUGCACUCCUCUGUCAGAAAUCUUGCGAGGAGCAUCUGAUCAAACAAAUUUAUAGUGAUAUAAAUGACUUUCCACUUACGUAUUAUGGCUCCAACCGUGCUCACUGGAACGUUCAGAAGCUUAGAUAUGUGCCUGUAACAAAUGCCAUGGUUAUGUUUUGCAACAAUUAAUUUGUGAUGGUCUUGAGACAGCUCUCUACUCUUACCCAUCAUGAGAUGUGUCUUGACUCACAGCUUUGCAAUGAGACCUUUUUGUCGGCCAUCAGUUAGGACUGAACCAGCUGAUAUUCAUUUGCAUUGACAAGGGUCGGGAUUGCUGUUUGAUUAUUGUUAGAUUUUAGGUGUUGUCUUGGCUUUCCAUGCCUUUUUGCACCUCCCUUUCUUCAUGUGUUCAAUACUUUUUCCCUGUGUUAUUUCACAUUUUUACACACAACCUAAUUUCUGAGUAUAUUUGUGCUACUUUCUUUGAAUGUAUGGAUUACCUGGGUUGUUCCCAACAUCUUUUCAGGUCAAUAGCACCUUUAGAAGUACAUUUAGUGAGAAGAAUUAUGUAUUAAAUACUUAUUUCAGCCACUGUAGGGUUGGCCUAGCAAAAUAGCUUAAGUAUGCUAAUAUUGUAUCCUUAUUAAAAUUUUACAGUGAUACAAAUAACACUUGGUUAACCACGGUUAAUGUUAAAACAAAAAGAACAACACUUCCUUAAUUUUAACAUUGUUUUUGGUAUGUUUUAUUUUUCCUAUUAUUAUUUUCUUGAGACUCCUUACUGCGGCUGAUCCUUCUUUUGGAUUAAGUGUUGCAAAAAUUCCCGAUUUAAAAACCAAAAACACUGUAGCCCCUAUUUUGUGACUGGCGUAAAUCCGUGGCAGAGGGCGGUGUAGCUUUGCACCAGGGGCGGUUUAGAUCGCUGUUGUGAAUUUCGUAGAGCAGCCACUGUUGGCGUGUUUAAGACCGACUUCAUUCACCACCAAUCAAAGCGGUCGUUCCCUUUUAAUGUCUCGAUGGAGACAUCUCUGUGAGGAAGAGCAGGAUGCGUAAUCGCAGCGAUCCACGCAUUGUCUCCUCUCGUGGCCUGUGUGACAACAGACAACGUGAGCGGGGUACCCUUCUUAAAUACAGAAUGAGCUGGUGGUAACCGCUGGCAACUUAAAUAUAUCUGCAAACCUCAGUAUGUCUGCCUGUGCCCCGAUCAAAGCUUAGCAUAGACUGGUCUGCCAAAUUCGCAAACACACGCAGAGAGCCUUACGCUUGCAUGAAAAUCUGAAUCCACCAGGAUUUGCGCCCCGCUGCAGUUGCGCCAUCUAUGGAAAUAGAGCCCUCUGAUUAGAUCCUUGUUGAACGGAGGUCUUGUUGAGGUAUGUUGAUAUCUCAACCCUAACCCGUGUGCAAGCAGUUUGAAGUCUAAAUUUUGCCAAUAACAUAUUUUACACAAAAAUGUUGGUCUGUUUUGAUGUUUUCUACUUGUGCACCUCCUAAUUUAAUGGCCAAAUCCCAAACUCACUCAAAGUGAGCAACGAAAAAGAAAUCUAGAAAGAUUUCUGCAUUCCCUCAUCCUACUGUGAGCUUUUCCUUGACUCACUGUAUUUCUCUAUACAUGUCGAAUCGGCAUUCCAAAAUUCACUGCUUAUCAGUCCAUUUAUUUGCCAUCUGUCUGUCUUUAAAUAUGAUAGAAUAAUGAAUUAAAUUGUAUCGAAAAAAGCAACGGCAAGUGAACAGAAAUGUUCAUCAAAACUAUUCUCUAAAGAAAAAAGAUGUAGCAGGUUUUCUACUUAUCAAAUGAAUUGAGACCCUUUGGAAACUUAAAAACAAAUCCAUCUCACAGAACUACUUCCAGGUGUGGAAGUUAGUUCAUUUGUAUGCUGCAGACCGUUUUUCUAGUACUGUAUCACACUUUUCAAACGGGAUGUGAUUCCCUUCUGCAAUUACAAUUUAAUUCCCAUUUGCCAUCCUUCUUUCACUUAGUCCAUGUCAUACUAACCCUAACCCUAACAGAGACAGGAUCAUUUUAGCUAAGAUGGUGGUGAGGUACAAAAAAUAAUUACAGAGAAGUGUAAGCUUCGAAAUAAAGGAAGCUGAGAAAAGUGGUAUUUUACAGCAGGCAAGAUCCAGUCUUCCCUAGGAAUCUGCCUAUUUUUAAACAUUUCUUAUAUGAUUGUUCUUCUAAGGACCAUAUGGAUAAAUGCAGACUUGUCAUCAAAAAGAAAAUGCACCAUACUAGAAACGAGUAAAACCAGCAAUAGCAUACUCUCAAGGUUGUAAUUAGUGUACUUGAAUAUAUCACCAUUUACUAUUGACUCUCUCUAUUCAUAGGUCAUUUUUAAAGAGCAUAAACAGGAAAUAAGUAGCAUUAACAUUUUUUUUCCCGAAAGGUAAUAAGAUUCUGAGGUCUUCCCAGCACCUUGUACACCGUGUUGUACGGUACUUGUACACCGUAUCCAGAAAAAAAAUCUUUGAAUUAAUAUAUUUUUAGAUUUUCUAUCCUGUUCUUGUCCUAAGGCAUGUGUUCUCCUCUCACCUCAGAAGUAUGGUUAUGUAUAUAUGUGAAAUAGAGAAGCUAAUAUACACACAACCUAAAAUGUACCACUGUAUAGAAAUUGUAUUAGCCUGCACAUUUCUAAGGCUGUGAAGUUAAUUUUAUUUUUAAACCUUGCAUACAAAUGUAUAUAUUUUCUUUAUUUUUACCCUGCAACUAUUAAAUCUAGAGGACAAAUAAUGCUGUCCAGUGGAAUACACAGUAAUGUCAGCUGUAUGUUGUGUGUACAGCAGAUUUGUAGACAAGUAUAAGAAGCCUUGUUUCGUUAUUGAUGUUCACCCUGUCGUUGCAGCAACACUGCGUGAAUUUGUAUAUAAAGGAUUCACCGUGUUGGUCUCUACCUCUUGAGCUCUCUAACUUGGUUUUGUUUACCUCCAUACGCUCAUGGAGAUGAAUCAAAAACAUUUGAAUGUCCAUUCAAGCUUUUAUACAGAAAUGAUCUAAUCUUUGGCCCUACCACUCACCACCCCUUACGUUCUACAAAGCAUUCAACUCCAAAUUGAAUUCAUCUGUUUUUUGUUUUUUUUUUGCCAUUUCUCAUCAAUGGCCAAGGGUUACCUGACUGUUAGCACAUUUUGGCUCCAUAAUAAUAAUAUGACAUUAGCUUUUGGCGAGGAAGAGUUGCUUCUUAACCCCAAAUGGCUGUGUGUUCAAAGCUCAGUGUCAAGGAUGUAAAUAGAUGCCUAAGAAAACCAUGACAUUUUAAAUGUACACUUUACAAAGCGUGUACUGUACUUGUAUGGAAGGAUGUUUAUGCUGUUGGAGUUUUAGCAACCAUAACCAAAAUGGAAGCAAUCAUUAGAAUCCAGAAUGUGACUUAAGCUAUGAAUUAGCAUGUUAGCUUUGGUUUUUUUUUUUUUUUAAAAAAAAAAAAAAAAAAAAGGGAGAGAAAAGGCAUGCACAGCGCAUUCAGAAAGUGGUCACCCACCCUUUGUUUUCGGUUAGCUGCUGCCUUGUGCAAAAAAUGACUAAUGAUUAAAAAGCUGCAAAAUAAUACACAAUUUUAGUAUCUGAAAUACAAAGGUGCUCGAACUAAGGAGUUUUUUUUUAGACAAGCUGGCGGCUGGCUAAUAAUCUUGCCUCGUUUUGGGUGCAAUGACUUGCGUUACGAGUGCGCUUCUGACCCCCCACUGUGCCAGCGCAGUGAACAAAUAAGAGCAAUGAAGGUGGAACCUCGGUUCACUAACAAAUUGAUUUACAAACACAUUUGUCGGACAAAUAUUGCUUGCUAUGCUUUCUGACAGCCAUGCUGAAUGCUUAGUUGAGUUUUUGUGAACGUGAUUCGCUCCGUGCCAUGUAAUAAAUUUUUUCCUUUCUGAAUUAGCCUUCAGUAUGGCUUGGAAGUAAGUGAAAAUUGCAAGGGAUUGUGCUGUUAGGAAGCCCUGGAAAGGGAGCAUGCCCUUCUGCUGAGCUCUCGCUGGUUAACUAAACCCUCUGUGUCCAAACUGCCACAGUUGCUGAGUAGAGGGAUGGAGGAAGUGUUCGAGGAGAGCUACAAAGCACUCUCCAGCACUUUUGACUUUAUGACACUUUACACACAAUUUUUAUGGUUUACAAUACUAUUUUUCUUCAUUAAAAACGUAGCAAAAAAAUGUUUUUUUAAGGCUUUGUAACGGGUUAAUAGCAUUCCCAUUCAUUCCAAUAGGGGGAAUUGAUUUGAGAUACAUCCAUUCAUUUUCUGUAUCGCUUAUCCUCACUAGGGUCCCGCGCGGGCGUGCUGGAGCCUAUCCCACCGAUCUUCGGGCGGGAGGCGGGGUACACCCUGAACUGGUCGCCAGCCAAUCGCAGGGCAAUUUGAGAUAUAUGAUUGAUUUAAGUCAUGAAGGUGGUCACACAAUGAGUUAAACUCGUAAGUCAGGGCACCAGUGUAUUACGUGGUUAGGCUGAAGGAGUUUAGGCCCACACUCACCAGAAAAAAAAAAAGGUUAAAUUACAAGACAAGACAGAUGUGUGAAUUAAAAAAAAAAAAAGACUUAUUAAUGGUAAAAUGUUGCAAGCAAUAAUUUGCAAUGUUAAGAAAAUAUUGUAGAAAUAUUACAAGAAAACAUGUUCAUCUUAAAAUAAUACAAUUUUAUUUUUGGAGAUGAGAGACAUAAUUUCAACUCUUGAAUUUAGAUAUUCCCACACAAACAAGCAAAUAGCUGAGACCAGCUUUAUAUCAGUGUGGCCUAAUAUUCCUUUUGAACGAUAUAACCUUUAGCUGUGACACUUUAACUUGGACCCAUCCAUUUAUAUUGAUCGUCUUUAAGACGUGCCACUGGAUAAAUUCAAAUUGAUUUGGAAGGGCACAUACACAAAAAAACUGGCACAAAACUGUUGAAACGAGUCUGAAUGCACAUUAAAUGAGGUACUGGCUGGAAUAUGGUGACAUCAGGUCCUCUGUAUGCUAUGCUAGGCUAAAUGGCUGCUUGUCUAUUUACUGGAGUAGUAAUAAUAAUAAUAAUAAUUGGCCUUCAACUUUUUCUUUAGUGACCUUUAUUUACAGAAAGACAAAGACGCAAUUGCCAAUAGAUACAACUUUGAGAAACUAGUAAGCAGUAUUAAUUCACAAUAAAAUACAUCAUGUAAAAAAAAAAAAAAAAAAAAAGUCACGAUAUGCACACGUAUGAAACUUGUUCAGACAUCUCUCUCUCUCUCUCUCUCUCUCUCUCUCUCUCUCUCUCUCUCUCUCUCUCUCUCUCUCUCUCUCUCUCUCUCUCUCUCUCUCUAUAUAUAUAUAUAUAUAUAUAUAUAUAUAUAUAUAUAUAUAUAUAUAUAUUUCAUUCUUCAUGCAUGCUGUCUCUUGACAACCUUUCCUUGAAAAGAUUUAAUCAUUUGAAGACAUACCGCAAGUCCUAAUUAAAAACUGAAUUGAAAUUUCUCAGGAAUGAACACAAACUGUCAAUGGUCCAAGUUGUGACUCUCCCUUGCCAUCGCUUACAUGACCUUGUGUCGAUAAUGCCUUUUGCUUUAUUUUGUGUUGGAAUGAAGUACUUGAAUCAAAUUAUAUUUCAAAUAACUGGCAUACCUUUUUGUGAAAAACUAACCACAAUUCUGCAAUCACUGGAUUUGUUUAAUUUGCCAUCUUAAAAAUGUUUGUACGAUGUUUGAUGUUUUAAUCAGAUGCAUUGUAACCUUGAAUGAGUCUGCAGUUUACAUACACACAAUAUACACUUAUCCUGUAUUUAUUACAUGAUUCCCUUCUAAACUGCAAAUCAAAGUUAAUGAUUAGGUAUCCACUUAGUGAUUGUCAUUUUGGAGAUCUAAAAUCUACCCAGAAGGUUCAUCUGGAAAAUUUUGACAAAAUUAAAUGUGACAUUUAAAGAAAUGCAUAACUUGUCUGACAGUUAUUUCUUAUGACCAGACUGCUUAGUUUGU